AUGUCUUCAGUCCCUGUGAAGCCCGGCCUCCGCCUCAGUGUGUCCGAGUGGCUCAGCAGCAACCAGCAGCUGUCGGCCGUCGCCGGACACGAGAGGAGGGUCUCCAACGGGAUCCGACAGGAGGGGAGGUCCCUACGCAACGAGACCAGCUGCACGACCAGCUGGGACGAGAGCGACACCUCCCGCCGGCUGAGUGACCGGCUGUGGGACGUGGCUCGAUGGAAGGAAGCCUUGGAAGCAUGUGCACGGAAAGUGGAUGAAGAGAUGGAGGCUCUGACCCUGAGUAAAGAGCAGACUGAGCAGGCCCUGGCAGCGACCGCCGUCCCCCUGGAGGUCAGCACCGAGUGCGUGACGCUGAGGGAGGGACGCCGCGGCUCCGAGCUGGUCCUGGACCCCGUGGACGAGCAGCUGAAGCAGGAAGUGCAGCUGAUUGGUCGAGUGCAGCAGGUUCUGCAGCAGCACGUGGACAAGGCCUUCGAACACUUGUGCGUUUUGCAGGAGGUUCGACAUCAGCUGACCUCUGACCUCCAGAACAAGAUGGACGCCCUGGACAUUGACAUGUCCUGUCUGUCACUGACCAUAAAGUCCCCUGAGAUCUCCCUGAAGACAAACCCCACUCGCAUUCCAUCAGGCUCCUCCACGCCUCAGGAGUGGGGCCAGUUCAGCCAGUAUAACGUCCUCCAGGCUCAGGAGGCCAUGCAGCUGUCCCAGCACAUGAGGGAGGACACCAGUCUCACCAGGGCUCAGCUGCAGAACGAGUUAGCGGUUCAGUGGCGGGCGACAGAGUUCGUUCUUCGCAAACGCAAUCACGACGAGGAGCAGGCCCGAGACCAGCUGCAGUGGCAAAUUCAAAAUACUGAAGAUGAAAUGAUGGAGAUGGAAGACGACAUCAAGGGACUGGACGUGGAUCUGCAGGCAAAGACCAGCAAUCUGAAACUGGCUCACACCCGACUGGAGAACAGGACCAGCCGAGCCGGGAUGGACCUGUGCAGAGACCAGGUCCAACACGGUCUAGUGAAUGAAGUCCAUCAGCUGAAGGCCACGAUCGCAGCUCUGAAUCAAAAGCUGUCGGAGGCGCAAAAGUCUCUGCAGAAGAUGAAGCUGCAUCACGCCCGCAUGCUGGAGGAUCUCUCCAGGAAACAGGAAGCUCUGUCUCUGGAGCAGCGAAGCAUGAACACCCGCUCCCACCUGACCUCGGCCUCCUGCUCCGGUCGCUCCCCGGUGCUGCUGGUCCCGCUCGCCAACUCCAGUGGGAGGAGCCACCUGCAGCUGCUGGCUCAGUGA